CGCCGGCGGCGGUGAUGCAAAGGAGGAGGGUGCUGCCGCCGGCGGCGCUGAUGGUGGCGAUCGGCGCCCGGGCGUGAUGCGAGCGUCACGGUGGGGAUGCUGGCUUCGCGGCGGUGAGAGAGCGAGCGAGAGCGAGCCAGGGGCGGAGGACGCCAGGGAUCUUGCGGCUGUGUGGGCUCGGAUCUCUCUUUCUCCCCUCUCUGUCCCCCCUUCGUUUGCUUCUUGGUUUGCACAUUUAAAAGCCCCCGACUCCGUCCUCCCCCACCGCUGGAAGUCUUCCCGUCUCUAAAUGGAAUUAGUGGGGAUCGGAGCCUCUGGUGUAACGAACAGACAUGAUCUAUGGACGCAGUUUGUUUCACAUUGUAGCAAGUUUAAUCAUCUUCCAUUUGUCUGGGGCAACCAAGAAAGGAACAGAAAAGCAAACCACCUCGGAAACUCAGAAGUCAGUGCAGUGUGGAACUUGGACAAAACAUGCAGAGGGAGGUAUCUUUACCUCUCCCAACUACCCCAGCAAGUACCCUCCUGACCGAGAGUGCAUCUACAUCAUAGAAGCUGCCCCGAGACAGUGCAUUGAACUUUACUUUGAUGAAAAGUACUCUAUUGAACCGUCUUGGGAGUGCAAAUUUGAUCAUAUUGAAGUUCGAGAUGGACCUUUUGGAUUUUCUCCAAUAAUUGGACGUUUUUGUGGACAACAAAAUCCACCUGUAAUAAAAUCCAGUGGAAGAUUUCUAUGGAUUAAAUUUUUUGCUGAUGGAGAGCUGGAAUCUAUGGGAUUUUCAGCUCGAUACAAUUUCACUCCUGAUCCCGACUUUAAGGACCUUGGAGUUUUGAAACCGUUACCAGCUCCAUUUUUGUAUGUUUGUUUGGCAUUUUGUUAUUUAGCAUGUGAGUUUGAGAUGGGCGGUCCUGAAGGAAUUGUGGAAUCUAUACAAAUUAUGAAAGAAGGCAAAGCUUCUGCUAGCGAGGCUGUGGAUUGCAAGUGGUACAUCCGGGCACCUCCACGAUCCAAGAUCUACUUACGCUUCUUGGACUAUGAGAUGCAGAAUUCAAAUGAAUGCAAAAGGAACUUUGUGGCUGUGUAUGAUGGCAGCAGCUCGGUGGGGGACCUGAAGGCAAAAUUCUGCAGCACCGUGGCCAAUGACGUCAUGCUCCGCACGGGCCUUGGGGUCAUCCGCAUGUGGGCCGAUGAGGGCAGUCGGAACAGCCGAUUUCAGAUGCUCUUCACAUCCUUUCAAGAACCUCCCUGUGAAGGCAAUACAUUCUUCUGCCAUAGUAACAUGUGUAUUAACAAUACACUAGUCUGCAAUGGACUCCAGAACUGUGUAUAUCCUUGGGACGAGAAUCAUUGUAAAGAGAAGAGGAAAGCCAGCCUGCUAGACCAGCUCACCAACACCAGUGGGACCGUCAUUGGUGUGACUUCCUGCAUUGUGAUCAUCCUUAUUAUCAUCUCUGUCAUUGUGCAGAUCAAACAGCCUCGUAAAAAAUAUGUCCAAAGGAAAUCGGACUUUGACCAGACAGUUUUCCAGGAGGUGUUUGAACCUCCUCAUUAUGAGUUGUGUACUCUAAGAGGGACAGGAGCUACAGCUGACUUUGCAGAUGUGGCAGAUGACUUUGAAAACUACCAUAAACUGCGGAGAUCCUCUUCCAAAUGCGUUCAUGACCAUCACUGUGGGUCACAAGUGUCCAGUACGAAAGGCAGCCGCAGUAACCUCAGCACAAGAGAUGCUUCUGUCUUGACAGAGAUGCCUCCGCAGCCCGUCAAACCCCUUAUCCCACCCAUGAACAGAAGAAAUAUCCUUGUCAUGAAACACAACUACUCGCACGAUGCCGCAGAUGCCUGUGACAUCGACGAGAUCGAGGAGGUGCCGACGACAAGUCACAGGCUGUCCCGACAUGACAAAGCCGUCCAGCGGUUCUGCCUCAUUGGGUCUCUAAGCAAACAUGAAUCUGAAUACAACACAACUAGGGUCUAAAAAGAAAAUUCAAGAGAAGAACUAUUUAUACAAACAUGGGGACUGUGAAACGAAAAUUCUAUAGUGAAUUGUGAAAAGUGGACAUAUUUCUAAAUUCAUUCCACUGCCUUUAUCCAAACUUAAGAAUUACAGACAUUUGUUAUCCCUUCGGCAAGACAUCCCCGCUGCACAAUGAUAUGUUCAUUUCGUAAUUUGGUUGCUGGCCACCAAGUGCUCCUUAGUUUUUAAAUACAUUUUGAGAUUUACUGGAAACUUGAAGAAGAAAUUAGUUCCUGAUUAAGACUAUCCCACUUUUUCUUUUUACUGUUAGUUUCACUUUGUUUCUAUGUUGUUUUAUGUCCUUGUUGUAUAAUUGUAUGUUGUGUGAUAUGUGAACAACAGGAAUUUGGAUGAACUUUGUGUUACAUGUACAUUGUUUUCAUUAGAUAGACUGCUUGAGAAUAGUGCGUUCCUGAGGGAUUUUGAACAUGCUACAGUUAAGAAGUGAAAAUAUGGACCAUGGAAGCACCAGCUAGAGGUUUUAUGGACUAUAAACACCUGUUGUUGUAUUAUGAUUAAAUGCAGCCAAGAGUCAUGAGUAAAAAUAACUAGAUUGCAAUAAGAAACAUCUCAAUUUUUUUGUCUUUCCCAAAUAUCCCCAAUUUCCUUUUUGUUUUAUAUCAAAGGAAGAUACUAAGUUUCAGAAAGAGUUUUUGAAAUCAGGUAUUUUACCAUUCAUACCCGUCAAUAGAAAUGUUUUUUGAUUUAAGCACUUAGCAAUAUGACUAAAUUGACAGUUUGAAAAAAUACCCUGCAUGUCAGUACUGGAUAUUUGAAUUUGAAAAAUAUCCUUUUUAUUAGACACAUUGUAAAAAGCAUGCAUUCUCAAAUACUGCUGUUACGCUUCCAUUUCUUUGUGUCAUAUGCUUGCUACUUGUAACUUUUUAUAUAAAGAUAUAUAAAAAUGUAUAAUAAUUUCCUAACUUGAGUUAAGAAAAAUGUUUUCUUCUAUUAGAGUGAUAAAAAAAACUGGCUUACAUAACUGCACACUUUAUAUCAACUCUUUCUACCUGUUAGGCUCUAGGAUGUCUUUUAGUAUUGAGGCUUACUUCUCUAAAUUUGAUCUCUCAAAUUUUAUGGAAUAUGUUCUCGUUUUAGAAUAGGAAAAUCUUUUUAAACGCUUUAAAAUCACAGGCCCUUUUAUGACCCAAAUUAUGCCAUUCUGAGUUGUUCUCAUACUCAGGCACACAUAUAAAACCUGAAAGCUUACUAAUCAUGGUAUGUUUAAUAUAAAUAAAGUGAAAUCAUAUAAUAUAUUUAAUUGCCAUUGAAUCAUAUACACACUCUCUAAAGUUUGAUUUAAUAAAUGGGUACUUUUUAAAUAUUCAAUGUGUAUUCUUAGAAAAUAAAUUUUAAAAAUCAGAAUUACUAUAAAUCCACUUACCACCCUCUCCAGAAAUGCUGAAUUCUACAGAAGUCUGUCCUUCAAAUAGUAAAGUAGUCUGGUCUAUCACAGUUAAAACUUUGUGACUCAAGCAGGCUUUACAGACCCAUAGAUGAAUUACUUGCAUACAUCUCUGUUAGGAAUUCAAUUUCAUAUAUGCUACAAAAACAAAUAAAUGGGAAAGAAAAUAAAAUUUUAUGAUAGAAACAUUAAAGAAUUAUCAUAGCAAUUCUGAAUAACCUAUAUCGAAAAAAUGUCAACAGGCAUAAAUAAUCACUUCCGUGAAUGUGAUAAACUGAUGAAUAGAAAAGAUAUAUAUUGAACAUGAUAAAGAAAGAUUAUUUCUGUUGUUUUGCUACAGAUUUUAUAUACACUGCUUAUGUCAUAAUUUGGUCUUUAGUAUUUGACUUUGCUGAUUUAUUUAAUUGCAUGCCAACUCUUAUGUCCUUUAAUUCAAAUUUAAUGCAUCCACAGAUUAUUUUUGAAGUGAUUAGUCAUAUUUUACUUUCCCUGUUUAGAAAUCUUCAUAGGACCCUUUACAAUUUGAAUGAAUAAUCUCAAAAAUGUAUGAUAUUCAUGUCAAGUCUUAUUUAUAACAGCAAAAAAAAAAAAAAGGAAAAUAGAUUAAGUGAACCACUUUGCCAUUCACUUGUCCUAUAGCUGUCCACAGGCAGUUCUCCCUAAAUAUGCAGAAUGCUUCUGAUCUGCUGGUUCAGUGCUUAAAAGAUAUUUGCACCCGAAAUCUGCUAAUGAAACAACAACAAAAAGUCCAACCACACUAAGUAAAAUGAUAAAGAUGGAUUUCUUACGUAUGUUUAAUACACAACAGCUCCAUGGGAAAACAAAAACAUUUCAAAAGAAGACUAGGUCUCCUCAGUGGUCAUACUUAUAAUAUUUAACAAUGGCCACUGACGAAUCAUAAGAGAAGGUAGUGAUGAUAUGGAGGCAGGGACCUGGGGCUUCCUGUUGGCCCUCAGUAUAACUCUAGAUGCUGGAUCUUGAAAGUAUAGGACUCCACAAUGCCUGGGAGGCCCCUGGAGGAGGCUCUUUAAAAGCCAGGACUGACAUUUAUCCAUAUAUUAAAAACUCCUAUUUACUGGCACAUCAGAUCCUAUCACCUGAAUAUCAACCUUUGUUUUACAUUCAAAUGGGGAGACACAUUGUAGUAAAGGAAUGAGAUGUUUCAAGACGUACAAGAUGUUUCAGGAUGUUUCAAAUCAAGUUAUUUUAAUAAAUAAUUAUAUUUUUUGAUAAAGUGAAUUCAAAUAUGACUUACACAAGUGCUUUAUUAAUUCCACAAGAUGUUCUCCAAAAACAUAAUUACACACUAUGUUAUUUAAUUUGAAAAUAGCUGUUUUCCUUUUAUUUCUUUAUUUUUGAAUUCACUUUCAAAAACUGGGAAACAUAUCAUGAGUCUAUGCAACAUGCGUGAAGCCCUGCUUUCAGCCUCUUACUUUUGUCCAAGUGCAUUUCAUUUGCCUGAUUCAAGAUUGGUGUGCUGAUUUGGAGAUGCGAUUUUUUUGUACCUGAUUUUAUAUACAUGCACUUCCUAUGCAUCAUAUUGCAAAGUAGAGAUAUGUGAUGUUGAUUUUCCAUAAUUCACUUUCAUUUGGUCAGAUAAUUAAGAUGUGGCUAUAAACGUAACUGGAGAUAAAUGAACUUUUAAAGGAAAACAAUCCACAUUGUGGAAAUGUUGGCUUUCCUGUUUUGCACCAUUUUUUUUCCCACUAAAAAUACUUCAACGGGUCUGACUGCAUAAGCUGUUAUUCCUGGUGUUUAAUAAAUUUAGGUCUUUGACAAAAACUGAAUGAAUAUUCAUGUAAGCUGUUGCAUCAACUUCUUCUUUGUUUUUUUUCCCUUAGGAAUUUGGGUUUUCCUCAAAUUUGAUAGCUUUUAAAAAAAAUCCCAUGAAUGGAUUUUCUUCAACCUCCAAAUAUUAUAAUAAAUGACAAAAUAUGAUACUGGUUCCUGUUACCUUAAUUAAAGUAAUGGCAAAUAAUUUAUUGAUGUUUCGGUGGUAAAAUAAAUAGCAUUUUAUCUUAUUAUAAAGUUUGUAUAUUUCAAUGAUGAAAAUGAGUCCUGUCAGAUUACAGCUCUGCAGGGAGGUUAAAUAAAUAAAAUCUGUAAAAUUCUCUGAAUCCUAAAUGUAUAUGAUUUGAGAAGUGAGUUUUAGGUUUUUCCAACUUCACUGAAGUGAGUAAGUUUUGAUAUCAUGUCUAUUUAUGAUUAUUUCUUCCCUUUGCUUGUUUCUAUCUGUCACAAUAGGGCACAGAGGGCCCAGCCAGCAAAUUGUUAAAUAGAUGAAGAAUUGAAGAAUCAGGACUGGAAUUUAUUAUAAAUCUCUUAUCCAUUUAAUUAAUAUUUCCCAUUCCUCUCUUAAAGGUUGAAAAAAGUAGCAAAGUAAAAUAUAUUGUAAAAAUAGCCAGAGAUGUGUUUUUAUAAAUAAUCUUGUUCCAUAAAUCUGAGGUCCUUUGUUAACAUAGAUCUAUCCUGAUUCAUUUUAUUAAUGAGUUGUUUAAAUUGUACUACAAAUUUCUUUAACUGACUAAUAUCACCUGGAUAAAUCCAACAGUGUCAUAGAAAUACCAGACAUGGAUGACCAAUAUCAGACACUCUUAAUACCUCACAUUUUUUUAUUGUGGCCUCUGGUUCUGUAAUUCCUUGUGCAUUAUAAAGAAGUAAAUGCCCUCUUAAUAUGCUUUCCUCAGAGGUAGGGAUAAUAAACUCUACCUGCUUCAGACUUAACGUCAUUUACAAGGGUCUAGGGCUGGUCUCCAGAAAGUUGUUUAUUUCUGCACCAGUACGAUUAUGUAGUUAAACCACUGCUUUAUACUCCAGUAAUUGUGCAGUUCAAUAUAUUCUGGUUUGUCCCCAACUUCUACCACCUCUCCAAGGUCUGAGGCAUGCCAUUUUACAUUGGUCAGUUCUUUGAAAAGUUAUGUUUUUGCUCUCGUAAUAGUCACAGAUGUAGACACAAAAUGUAACAGUGAGCAGAAAACAGAAUUAUAAAUUAUUUAAAAGAAAACAUUUAUGUUAUGUCAUAUUAUAAUAUUUGUACUCUUUUGUCACUUUCUCAUGAGUUAAAUUUAGUAUCAACAUAGCCAGUCUUUUUUGAUCCUGUACAAUCUAUAUACUGGAAUUCUGCCUAAAUGCUUUGGGGAUGAAAAAACAAAGGCAGCAAUCUAUUGGGGAACAUGAUUAUGGAGCUUCAGAGAAGGAAGGGUGUUUAGAGAAGCUAGAUCAGAAAUAUGGAGCCCAAAAUUAUUUGCCAACUUUUUCACCUUAAAAAGCUAACUAGUUAUCUCCUUCAUAAUCUUGUAUGGAAGAUAAAAUAUAUUCAAUUGUCAAGAGAAUACAAUGCAGAUGAUUUUUUAAAGAUUUUAUUUAUUUACUUGAAAGAGAGAGAAAGAGAGAGCACAAGCAUA